AAGAGUUCGAGCACGGAAGGAACUCUAACAUAUAUGGCACCGGAGGCACUUGCCUGUAUGAGAAAGAAGAACCUUGACUAUGACCACAAGGCGGACAUCUGGUCAUUGGGAGUGUCAGCCCUGGAAAUGGUAGAAGGUUAUCUCCCAUACAGACAGCUCAGUAAACAUCAGCUGAUGAACCAGAUUCUUUUUGGUCCUGCUUUAAGACCAACCUGGGACAAAUGGAGUGAAGAAUUCAAUUUCUUCAUCCAAGAAUGCGUGCAGAAAAACCCAGCAAAAAGACCAAGCGCACGGCAGCUUCUCCAUCACCCCUUUAUCAGCAACCUGUGUGAUGAAGCAGCUGUGAAGAGGAGCAUUGCAAAACAACUGCAAAGAGGCUGGAAGAACUGAAGACCUGAGGCAGCCAUCGGGGGGAGGGACGGGGGCACCGGGGCCCAUUUGUCAUCUUUGGGCCCCACUAUAACAUCUUGGUCCCCGAUGGCAGCCGACAUGAAAGAAAUCAGAUCACAACAUCGAUCUGUUUGUAAAUGACUAAUAAACAUUUGGCAAUUUG